AUGUUUCAAUGCGAACAGUGCCCUUCGGUUUUCACCAUGAAACAAAAUUUGACUAACCAUCAAAAGAAGCAUGCGGGUAUACGUUUUCCGUGCACUGUAUGUCCUUCGACAUUCACAUACAAGUCUGGCCUCAUCAAACAUACGAAGAACAUUCAUGGUAUCGUCAACGUUCCGGCUCAUUUGAGACCAGCUACGCCGAUCACCGCUCAACCAGCACGUCCAAGCGUCAAACAGCUCGCACCUCUUGCCGCUCCGCAGGGAGAUAUUCAAAUCGCGCCGCAGAUAUUUGUCCCCGAUGUUCCUGCUGGUGGCUCGAACAUGUUAACCGAAGACGAGAUUUGCAUGGCAGCUAUGGACGAAUUCGAGGAUACAGAUUCUUACACCGUUGCCGUUAACGGGAAACGUGUUUCGACUGCCAACACCGUGUCGGCUGCUAGAGCAAAAAAAAUUAGGAUGGACAUGGUUAAGACUCCUGGGUUCACUGAAAUUUCCUCGUCAGUGAAUCGAAAAAUUGUGUGGUAUUAUGCCAAAAAUAUUAACAUCGUUCGAAAUUAUCCCGACUUUCUCCGAUCGCUCAUGCCUGAGCUUGAACAUUUAUUGAAAACACGCGUUCAACAAGGGGCGAUUAAAUUCAAUUUAAAGCUUGAGGCUACGUACAACCGGCCCAACGUCCUCAAUUCGUCGGAGAACCGGGCAUUUAAGACAGUGGCAGUAGAAAUUUUCUCAGAUAGUGACAUUAGUACGAUCAUUGAGAGGGCGUAUAUAAAGUUGUUGAAGGAGGAGGAGGAGUAUAAGUCACGCGGGAGUGGAUUUACUCUGGAGACAAUAGACGGCUUAUUAUUAGGAAUAUACAAUUACACACCAAUGACUGGGUCGUCAUAUAUUGAAUUACCGGUGUAUAUCGAUAGGAAACGGGCCACCAAUAACCCACAAAACAAUGACCAGCAAUGUUUUAAGUGGGCAAUAUUGGCGAAACAUGUGACUGGGCCGGCGGUAUGUCGUAUCGGAGAAAAUUAUAAAAAACACGAAGGAAAAUAUAAUUUUGACGGUAUUUCGUUCCCGACACCUUUAUCGGAUAUCUCCAAAUUUGAAAAAAAUAAUAUCAACGUGUCCAUUAACGUCUAUGGAGUAGAGAAAAAGUUCCAGCCACCGCGUAAAUAUCCGACGUACGAGGUGUACCCGUUACGUGUGGUCGACGAGGAGAAGGUAAACCACUUCGACCUGCUGUUAAUAACGGACGGCGACAAUGCACAUUAUAUAUAUAUUUCAAAUUUUUCCCGGCUCAUACGCAAGCAGAAAACAUCACAUAAGGAGAGUGUCGUGUUCUGCAAAAGGUGUUUUACUAGUUUUGAUGAUAGACGACAUAAAUACAAGCUGAGCGGACAGGAGGUGCUGAAUCAACACAAGCUUAUAUGCGGUGCACAUAAGCCAAUAUUACCGGUGAUGCCUAAGGAGGGAGAGUGUCUGCAAUUUGAAGCAUGGCGAAACACUCAGAGACAUCCUAUAGUAAUAUAUGCAGAUUUCGAAACUAUACUUAUGAAGGCGGAUGAGAAGAAGGGGGGAAAUACAAAAAUAAUGCACAGACAUGAAGCGAUGAGCUAUGGACUCAUUGUGAAGGCGAGCAAUGACGUACCGACAGAGCUAUUAGCGAGACACGAGAUACCAACGGAACCAAUAUUAUAUCGAGGAAGUGAGAGUCAGCCUGAUGUGGCGAGACAUUUUGUCGAAACCGUGACGGAUAUAUCGUUGAAGAUUGAGAAAUUAUUGAAGACGAAUAUUCCGAUAAAUAUGUCCGCAGACGACAUACAAGUUCAUGAAGCAGCGACGCACUGCAAUCUAUGCAAAAUUGAGUUUACCCCACCUUCAGAGGUACUAUAUCGUAAGACAGCUGACCAUUGCCAUCUCACAGGAAAAUACCGCCAAGCUCUCUGCAAUGUAUGCAACCAAAAACUACAAAUACCCGUUUUUGUACCGUGCUACUUCCAUAAUUUGUCCAACUAUGACGCGCAUCUGAUAGUCACAGAACUUGGUUAUGACACCCAGACUAUUAGAGUAAUACCAAACACUGAGGAAAAAUACAUAUCAUUCUCUAAAUAUGUGUCAAGUAAAUUCCAAAUCCGUUUCAUAGACACUUUUAGAUUCAUGGCAUCAGGACUAUCAACUCUAGCUAAAAAUCUUGUAACACCAGGUCUGGAGAACUUCCGUGAGACCGCUAAAGUUUUUAAUAUUGUCGAUAUGCCGCUCGUGACUCGGAAGGGAGUGUACCCGUACGAGUACACAGAUAGUUGGAGCAGGUUGGAUGAAGAGAGACUACCGAGAAAGAGAGACUUUUAUAGCACGUUAAACGAGUCGGGAAUAAAGGAGGAGGAAUACACGCAUGCAAAGGAGGUCUGGGACCACUUUGGCUGCAAGACGUUGGGCGAGUACAGUGAUCUGUACUUGAAAAUCGACGUGUUGCUGUUGGCGGACGUCUUUGAAAAUUUUCGUGAUGUGUGCAUAAAGACAUACAACUUGGACGCGGCGUAUUAUUUUACUGCACCUAGUAUUGAGUUUUGA